AAAAUCAAAACAGCCACACCCACCUAACCAAACCCAAAAAGCUACUUCAAACCCACUUUUCUCCUUCCCCUUCUCUCUCUAACAUUAUUCAUACACACAAAAUAUCAUUCUUCAAGCUCCCAUCUUUAGUAAUGGAUAAUUUCAUUUCUGCUGUUUGUUUGCACCAUCUGUAAAUUGUUAAUUCUGUACCGGAGUUAUAAAGUGAAUUUGCUUUGGGAGUAUUAGUGUUUUCUUUCUUUGUUUUUGCACAAAUGGCUUCUGUGAGUGUUGCACCGGCUUCUGGAAUACGAGAUCCAGCUGCGAAUACGGCUGGUGUCGAUAAGCUGCCAGAUGAGAUGAAUGACAUGAAAAUUAGGGACGACAAGGAAAUGGAAGCAACUGUCGUUGUUGAUGGAAAUGGAACGGAGACUGGUCAUAUAAUUGUCACAACUAUUGGUGGCAAGAAUGGUCAGCCAAAACAGACAAUAAGCUAUAUGGCUGAGCGUGUUGUUGGGCAUGGAUCUUUUGGAGUAGUGUUCCAGGCUAAGUGCUUAGAGACCGGUGAAACUGUUGCUAUUAAAAAGGUUCUACAAGAUAAAAGGUACAAGAACAGAGAGCUGCAAACCAUGCGCCUGCUAGACCACCCUAAUGUAGUGUCUUUGAAACACUGCUUCUUUUCAACAACUGAAAAAGACGAGCUUUACCUUAACCUAGUACUUGAGUAUGUACCUGAGACUGUCCACCGGGUGAUCAAACACUACAACAAGAUGGGCCAAAGAAUGCCAUUGAUAUAUGUCAAACUUUAUUCCUAUCAGAUUUGCAGAGCUCUUUCCUACAUUCACAAUGGUAUUGGAGUAUGUCAUAGAGACAUAAAGCCUCAAAACUUGUUGGUCAACCCACAUACCCACCAGCUGAAACUCUGCGACUUUGGAAGUGCAAAAGUCUUGGUGAAAGGAGAACCCAACAUAUCCUAUAUUUGUUCUAGGUACUAUCGAGCACCUGAACUAAUAUUUGGUGCCACUGAGUACACCACAGCCAUUGACAUAUGGUCUGCUGGAUGUGUUCUAGCUGAACUGCUACUUGGACAGCCUCUCUUUCCCGGUGAGAGUGGAGUGGACCAGCUUGUUGAAAUUAUCAAGGUUUUGGGUACCCCAACAAGGGAAGAAAUUAAGUGCAUGAAUCCUAACUACACAGAAUUCAAAUUUCCACAAAUUAAAGCUCAUCCAUGGCAUAAGAUAUUCCAUAAGCGCAUGCCUCCUGAAGCUGUGGACCUUGUUUCAAGAUUAUUGCAAUACUCUCCAAAUCUUCGAUGUACAUCUUUGGAAGCUUUAAUCCAUCCAUUCUUUGACGAAUUACGGGACCCGAGCACUCGCUUGCCAAAUGGACGAUUCCUUCCGCCACUUUUCAACUUUAGGCCUCAUGAACUGAAGGGAGUACCGGCUGAAGUGUUGGUAAAACUAAUCCCAGAGCACGCAAGAAAGCAGUGCGCCUUCCUUGGUUUAUGAUGUGGCGUGGUUCUUCGUAGUUAGUCUGCUGCUCGCAGAAGAAAUUAUAUGCUGUAGAAAAUUAGCUAGUUUCACGUGAUCGAAUUGAAGCCGCGUUAUUACGUACCCCUGUUCAUUUAUUCCUUAUUAGAAUUAAAUAUUAUUUUGUUGUUGUUUCAUCUUCUACCUCCUUGUAGAGAGCAGACAAAAAAAGAAGGUUCUGCUUAAGUCUUAUCGAAUAUGCUGACCGGUACUUUUCAUUUGAGACAAUCACAACAUUUAUUCAAUCAAUUAUAUAGUACUCCUGACUAUUCAAUGUUA